GUACACCGUCCCUCCGCGAGUUCUAGCGCCAAACGGGCGGCCGCAGCGCUGCACACCGACCCAAUCCUUGCUCACGGAACCCUGCGCUCGGCCCGGCCAGCUGCGCUCGGCCCAGACGGGCGCUGCCAGCGGCACAGGCGCAGAUCCGCGCGCCGCGUGCAGGGCGGGGGCGGGGCCUCUGCGCCCGGGCCGCUUUCUCUGCGUAUAAACUGAACCCGCCGGCUCCUAGGUUCCAGCACGCCCGUAGCCGGCCCUAGACCCUUUUCUUUGCCACUUGCUUUGGACCUCCGGCCUCACCGCGCCUCUAAAUGGACCCCAACUGCUCCUGCUCCACUGGCGGCUCCUGCAACUGUGCUGGCUCCUGCACCUGCAAAGCCUGCAAAUGCGCCUCCUGCAAGAAGAGCUGCUGCCCCUGCUGCCCCGUGGGCUGCGCCAAGUGCGCCCAGGGCUGCGUGUGCAAAGGGGCCUCGGACAAGUGCAGCUGCUGUGCCUGACGUCGCAGACAGCCUGCCCCGGGUGUCCAUGGAGGAACGCGGGCCGACCUGCGUUUUUAUACAACUCUGACUUGAUUGCUACAUUCCCUUUCCUAUGAAAUAUGUAAGUGGUAAUAAAAGUUG